AUGGCUCGUGAAGUAGUCAAUCAGAACACAUAUAGCCAAGAGGAUCAUCAGGUCGCAUAUAUAUUUGACCCUGACGACGAUGGGACACGCCAGAAGCCAGCCAAGCGGAGAAGAAGAUCUAAGCAAGGCCAGGACUCUGCUGAAACAUUGAAAGAUUCAUCAGCUUUUGUCCCUCUUCUCAACGGUGCUGAGAAGCCCGAACUCGUCAAAUUAAGGGAGAGAUUGUUCCAGGAGAGCUGGGCAAAGAUUGAUGAACGGAUCGAGAGAAUACUCAAAACUUCAAACGUCGAGAUUCUCAAUGAAGUCAGCCAGUUUGCCAAAGACGCGGUGACAGAGUCUGGGGAUAGAAUCCCUUCAGCAUUCAUCAUCACAGGACCCAACAUUGCAUCACAAGACCUUCUCUUUCAACAAUUAUCGGAGACACUUCAGCAAACAACAUCGAGCAAGUUUGUUGGUCUGCGGUCGUCAGAGGCAUCGACGCUGAAAGCCACGUUGAAGAAGAUCAUUCGAGAUGUCACAGCCAAAGCCUCCACUGAUGAGGAUGAUGAUCUUGAAGUCAGUGACGGUCGAGAGGGACGAAGGUAUCUCGAUUAUGAUCUUGAAGCACUGUAUGCAUUUAUCAAGCCUCAAAGUGUGGAGCAUGUGUUUGUCGCCUUUCAAGACAGUGAAGGGUUCGACAGCAGUUUAUUAUCGGAUUUGAUCAUUCUCUUCAAUUCUUGGCGCCCUCGUAUACCAUUUACUCUCCUCUUUGGUAUCGCCACAUCAGUCGAGCUUCUCCAAGCCAGACUACUCAAGGCUUCUUGCCAGCAAAUUUAUGGAGCGCAAUUUGAUGUAAUUCAAACCUCGGCCAUUCUCGAGACAGUCUUCAAAACAGCAGUAGCAACAUCUGAUGCUCCUGUAGUGCUGGGGGCAUCGCUCAUCCGCAGCCUGCUUGAUCGUCAGCACGACCAGUACGCUUAUAUGUGUCAUUUCUAUGCAAAUCCACUCAGCGUUCUCGAGCAUACAGCAUUGUUGCAAACUGAGCAUAUCGAGGCCAUUCGGCAUACUGAUUCUUUCAGGGAAAAUGUCGAGGGGGCAGUAGAAUCUGGCAUCUUGAAUAAUGUGCAAUACGCCAAAGAUUUGCUUGAGAACGACGAGUUUCUCGUUACGCGAGUUCAAGAUAGUCUGGCCCGUCGUCAAGAGUCUGUUGAGGAUUUCUUGCGGUCACUUCUUGUUCUCGAAGAAACAGAAUCGCAAGACAUUGAGUUCUCAAGAGCAUAUGCGGAAGCCUUGGAUGAGGGCGUUUCAAUUACUGAGGACUCGAGAGCUAUUGAGUCGGUACGGCGUAUGGACGUCAGCGAGCUGCUGGUCAUGCUUCGCAAGGUUGUAUCAAUCUUGCAGGACGGAGACGGUGGCUUGCUUCUCGGUCCAGCAACGAAGCUAACGGACCUUGAAUUUCGAGAUGCACUGACAAGGCAACUUGUCAAUCUGGAAGAGCUACAAUCAAGGGCGGAAGAGCAGGGCAUUACGCUACGGAGCAAGUACAGCGGACAGAGCAAAGUGAUGCGCACCACUGUGAUUGCACAAAGAGUUCAAUUGAGUCAAGACUCGGCUGCGCUCACAGAUGAGGACAAGCAACUUACUCAGGCCGUCGACGACAUCACCGGGCUAUUAAUCAGGCAUGUUCAGUUUGUCAGACCGAGGUCUCUUUUGUUGUCGGAGAGCUGGUUGUACGAUUCUCGAGCUCCGUCGCGAGACGUGUUCGUGCCUCGGCCACGGGCAGUUCUAGAACGGAGCCUCACCAGGCCGCACGACUAUUUGUCAUGUUCAUGCUGCAAGCCAGGCGAUGGAGGAUCGCCGGCCACUCUGCCGGCCACGGCGCUCCUGUACCGUCUAUACACAGAGACUGGGAGCCUCAUCAAUGUGGCAGAUCUCUGGGCUGCAUUCUCAGCACUUGUGGGCGAGGAGGAGACAGAUGAACGCAAGUCGCUGGUAUUGUUUUACCGUGCGCUGGCUGAGCUGAGGGCUUUGGGGUUCGUCAAAGCAAGCAAGAAGAAAGCGGACCACAUCGCCAAGCUGAAGUGGCUCUGA